AGAAAGAAAACUGACCCAUUUCUUCUUUUCCUACAAACAUUAACAUAAAAAUACAUUAAAAAAAAUAUCGGGUUUUGAUUGGUAAUAUCUUGUCUACCUCAUUGUCUGUCUCUCCGCCAUUUUCGAAGGACUCUAAAAAUACCUAUAGAAAGAAAGAAAAUUAGCUCUCUUUCUCUUACAUCCCUCCAAUCCUCCUUCCCAGUUUGCAGAGGCAUUCGGAGGAACCAUAAAUAUAUAUACGUGUGCUUGAUUCGCCGGCCUUUUACUGUUUUCUCACCUAUAAGGAAUCCAUAGCCCCUCAUCAUGGCUGACGUUAACCCAGAAAUGGAUGCUUCGGAGGAAGAAAAAAACAGAAGGGGUUCAUUCAAGAAAACAGCCUCCAAUAGAUUCAGGAAUUCAAGGAAAAGGAGGAGCAGUAAAGUAAUAUCUGUUGAAAUCGACGAUGAGCGUGACACGGAGGAGAUGCAGUCCGUCGAGACCCUGCGUCAGGCGCUUAUAGCCGAGGAUAUGCUGCCUGAAAAACACGAUGAUUAUCACACGUUGCUCAGAUUCUUGAAGGCUAGAAGAUUUGACAUUGAGAAAACGAAGCAAAUGUGGGGUGAUAUGCUCAAAUGGAGGAAGGAAUUUGGUACCGACACGAUUUUAGAGGACUUUGAAUUCAAGGAGAGAGAAGAGGUUUUGAAAUAUUAUCCCCAAGGGUACCAUGGAGUAGAUAAGGAUGGACGACCGGUGUAUAUAGAGAGAAUAGGCCUAGUAGAUGCUACCAAGCUCAUGCAAGUCACCACCAUGGAUCGCUAUCUCAAAUACCAUGUAGGGGAGUUUGAGAAGACCUUCAAAAUUAAGUUUCCAUCUUGCUCUAUUGCUGCCAAGAAGCACAUUGACCAAAGCACAACCCUCUUGGACGUGCAAGGAGUGGGUCUUAAGAGCUUCACCAAAGCUGCUAGAGAACUCAUCACUCUUCUUCAGAAGGUUGAUGGUGACAAUUAUCCAGAGACUUUGAACCGAAUGUUCAUCCUCAAUGCUGGUUCUGGAUUUAGAAUGUUGUGGAAUACUGUUAAGUCCUUCCUUGAUCCUAAGACCACAGCCAAGAUCAAUGUUCUUGGUAACAAAUUUCAGAGCAAGUUGCUUGAAAUAAUUGAUGCCGACCAAUUGCCAGAUUUCUUGGGAGGUACUUGCACUUGUGCUGAACAUGGAGGCUGCAUGCUUUCUGAUAAGGGCCCAUGGAAGGACCCGGAGAUUUUGAAGAUGGUUCAAAGUGGCCAAUACAAAUCUGGAAACAAAUCUCAGGCUCAAAGCACUGAAGAGAAAACGACGACCGAGGAAGAGACUCCAGCCCCAAAGGCUAGUGACUCCGUGGAUGCUGAGCCUGUUCCAGAGGCAGCAAAGAAACAACCAGAACUUCCUCCUGUUAAAGAAGAGGUCGAAAUUAUCACACCUAAGAUAGUUACCCCGGUGGUUCUUGACAAACCUGUGGUUAUAGCUACGCCGGACGAAAAUGCUGUAGUUGUUCCGAAAGGUACAGAGCUGGCUAUUGUUCCAAAGGUAGAUGCUAAUAGGCAAGAAGUUUUAAGGGUUCCUGACGGACUUAGCUCUCAUCUUUUCACCGGUGUCAUGACCUUUGUUAUGGGCAUCGGCGCAAUGAUGAAAGUGACACGCAACAUGCCCAGGAAACCGACUGAUCCUGCCAGCUACGUGAGUCAAGUUGAGAGUGUUGGCACAGUGGCUAAGAGCCAGGACCCUUCAUCCCAGUUAACCCAACCAGGAGGCCUCUCCACUGCCGAGUUGAUGUCUGUCAUGAAACGUAUGGCGGAGUUGGAAGAGAGAUUAAGUGUUAUCAACCAGAAACCUACAACAAUGCCCCCUGAGAAGGAGGAAUUGUUGAAUACUGCACUGACACGAGCCGAUGCCUUGGAGCAAGAGCUUAUGGCUACCAAGAAGGCUCUAGAAGACUCAUUUGCUCAACAACAGGAGCUGGCGGCGUACAUAGACAAAAAGAAGAAAAAGAAGAAGAAGACCUUGAAAUUGAUUUGCUGGUAUCCCAGUUCUGGUAAACAAUGAAAAAGCUGGAUGGUGACGAAGAUGCUCGGGAAACCGGUGGCGGGGGCAAAAUCGUUUUUAUAGGGCCGCCCCCAAAAAUGCAACUCUAGUCUUCAUUCCAUUCAUAUGAUGAAAAUGUAAAUUUUAGACCAUAUUUACUUUUAUUUGAUUCGGUCUGUAUCGGUCAAUGUACAUAUAAGCUGUUGGCAGCCACAUUUCGAUUAUGUAUGUAUGUAUGUAUGUAUUUUUUAUUUAUUCUUUAUAUCCCCUGUUUAAAUCCAGGGAUUGCAAAAGGAAGAAAGUAAAAGUCCCCUGGAUAAAUGCAGGUGAUAUAUAUAAUGAGCUGUAAUCUUCAUUCUUAA